AUGUGGGGACUGCGAAGAUGUCGUUUGCUCUCUUCGUCUUUAGCUGCAUCUAUCAUGAUGAUCAUGAUGUCCACGAGCGCUGCUACUGACCUCUGCUUCUCUGGUUUUUACUUCAACGGCACAGGAUGCGUGCCCUGUGCUGGGAAUCCUGGGAACUCUCGCUGGGCCUCCAAUGGACCGCGAUGCGGAUGGCUGUGUGAUGUGGGAUACAGGGAGAGCAACGGAGACUGUGUGCCAUGCUCCGGAGAGUGUCGGUCAUAUGACGUCGAGCUGCUGCAGCUUAGCGAACUGAGCGAGGGAGAUGCAAGCUUGGAGUUGAUGUUUGACUUCUGCUCGGUUGUGUGCCAGAAGUUUGGUCUGUUCUUCACGGGCAUUUUCAGCCCGUCAAAUCGAAUGUGCAUGUGUGCAUUCAAGGAAAAUCCGCCCGUCAUCAUCAGCAGCAUGACAGCAUGCGAAAUUCUCCAGUCUGGCGAGCUUGACGUGCCCAUCAAGAUGCUUGAGUUUCAAUUUCAAAAGUUUUCCUCCCAUUCAAAACCUUUUCUUGCCAAGAGCAGCUCGGAUUCUGCUAUUUUCUGCUAUCAAGCCUCACAAACGACAUCAGAUAUGAGGGUGCUCUGUCUUGUUUAUGGGAAUGUCACCAGUGCUGUCACAUUGAUGAGAGACGGCAGAUUGUCUUCAAAUGCAGUUCAAUACAUGCACGUGAGGAGUACUUUCACACCGUUGUUGCUUCAUGGCGAUGGCGGGGAAGAUAACACAUGUAAAAGCUGCAAGGUCGGGCGCUUUCUAAAUUUCAGACCUUUUCCAACCGCAAAGAGCAGCAGCAACACACUCAACGGACCGACAAGGGUUUCUUCGUUUCAGAUCGAGAUUGCUCAGGAACGAUCAAAGAAGAUGUUUGCGUGCGCGAGAUUGGUUAAGUCUUUGGGUUUUCCGUAUUUCUGUCUCAAGACAGAGAUCGACGAAGCGUGCUACGCCAUCAGUUUCGCAGAUGUGUUGAAGGAGGGGAAUAUGGAAUGUUGGUCAGUCCAGAUGGCAUGUGAGGACUGUUCUGCUCCAGCAGGCUGGUAUGCUUCUGCUCUGAGUCUCAACUUCACAUCGCCUGGUCUGCCACUCCUUAAUCAAAGCUGCAACGUUGAGUGUCCAACAGAUUCUUACACCAUCCGCGGUUUCGAAUACAUCUCGUACUGGGACAGGCGUGAAGUUACAGUUUGUUAUGAAAAGCAUGCAUGGAAUCUCCUGCGCACUGCUUAUGUACUUCCAGUUCCUCUGGGGAUGAUUAUCAUUGCUGUAGCAAUUCAUUUUGAAAGGAAGAUGAAGAAAUCACAAUCUCAAUGUGCUGAAUGCAGCAGCGAAUGGAAAGACAACUCCUGCCCCAUCGAUGGUUUGCCUCUUUCGCAGAAGCUGACACUGGAGGAUCUUGGAAUCGAGAUGGAAGAAAGCUUUGAAGACAAUCAAAACAUUGUCAACCUGAGCUGUCAAUGCUCGAGGGAGGAAGUUACGUCCAUCUUGGUCUGCGGACAUGGUUCUUGCAAGUAUGAAUCGUGUACAAACUGCGGCUGUUGUUGGGACAAGCAGAAAUGGAAGCGCUCUUCUCUGUGGUGGAUCCCCCUUGCUAUUCUCACCUUCGCAUGCUUUGUUUCUUGGAACAUUGGUGCUGCUUUCUACGUCGGAAAUUGGCUCAAUUGGACGAAAUUUUGGUGGAUUCUCUUUGCUUCCAGUCACGCCAUUAUGUUUGUAGUGUAUCUUAGAACAUGUGCGUACAAGACAAAGUGCUUGCGCGAUGAUUGCUGUCCAUGCUAUUCGCCGGUACCGAUGAAAAAAGUUCCCAAGGGAUUUCAGUGUGUUUUGAUGUUUUUCUUCACCACUUUCAUUCUACAGUUGUUUUUAACUCUUCUCACACUUAAGGUCGACUGGCAGUUUGCCGAACAUUAUGGAGGCUGUGAGAGCAUCGACUGUUUGAUGUAUUCUCGUGUAGACUACAGAGCUUUCUGCCCGCUCUGUAGCGAAGAUGAAAUACUCUAUGCAAAAGUUCCGAGUAACCUCAACAGCAGCUUCAUGGUCUUGGGAUUUUUCUUCAUGAUUGUCAGCUUGAUCUGCUGCUUACGGACGCUGCAUUUUAGCAUAGUUAUUGGCAUCCGUAUUUGCUGCGUGUGUGCAAACAGCAGGAUUCACGAGUUUUCUUAUAUUUCAGGUUGUUAUCAAGAUUUCACUUUUGAGACUCUUGGACGAGAAUUGUUUCGUUGGCCGAGGAGCUGCAGUAGAUGCAAGCAGAGACUGUGGAGGAAAGAGAAGCUGUUGGACUCGUUUCUUUAUCGCCGGAGGACGAAUGUGGUGGUUGCAUUGAUGAAGCGACUGUCUUUCUUCGUCACAUUCCGGCGAUUCUUGGACAACACAAGGCAUUUCUACACGUACAAGCCCCUUGGCUCUGCCCAGAACGAUCGCUCGGACAUUGAGAUGGCGGUAACCACAAGUCAACGUCGACGAAAACCUUCGGCUCCUCUUGUCACAGGAUGGAGAGAUUUACCUUUCUUGACGUUUCUGAAGACUGAGGGGGCAGGAUGUGCGGAGCUCUUGUACGAUGGGAGUCCCCAGCCAAGACUCUUUGCCUUCUCAAAGCUGCCCAAAGGGUUUGUGCUGGAGGAGGUUACAGGCGAUCUGAAAUGGGACCUGCCGGCGGAGGAGAAGGAGGACCAUUACCAGUUUGACCUCAUCGCAUCUAACUUUGUCGGGGAAUGCAGGCACGAAGUCCAUCUCUUCUUCUCUGCUGGGCCAUGUCCUCCCGCCUCCCUCAGCUACUCUUGCAGUCGCUGCCUGCGCUGUCGGUGCGGCGGCAUCUUGACAAGGUAUGCCGGCUGGGGCGUCAAGGUAGUCUGCGACUAUUGCGAUGCCGUUGGGGAGGCUCAUCGACUCGACUGGUUUGUCUGCAGAGCUUCUGGUUGCUCCUUCGAUGUCUGCCCGCGUUGUGCUGGAAAGAACAGCAGCAGCCCAGAUAGGGGAGAGGUCGUCUUCCAGCUGUAUCACAAUGUCGAGAUGUUUGCAUGGUGUCCGCUCCCUUCCUUCUUUCCUGGCUUCCCAUCUCCGAUCUUCGAUGCUGCUGAUCUCCCUCCUGGUCUCGUCAUCGACGUUGCGACCGGCAAGAUCUCAGGCAUGCCGUCUGCUUGCGGCGUGUGGAUGGUCACGGUCACGGCAAGCAACUUAGGUGGAGGGUGUCAAACGGUUUUUCUCAUAGAGGUGGUAAGCUUCGAGCCGCCCCAUGACCUCAGCUACACGAGCGUCUCGUCAGCCUUCACGGGCAACCAGUUCUCCUACGACGAGAGCAAUUUCUUGGCGAUUGACGCCUUCCGGUCGCCUGCUUCUAGUGAGACCUGUCUCAUCCCCAGCUGGAGCGGUACCAUCACACGCUUCUCCAUUCAUCCUGCGCUUCCUCCUGGGGUCCACCUGGAAGAGGAGACUGGAGUGAUUUCGGGGGUCGCUAAGAGCGCCAUGCAGACAAAUUGCUUCACAGUGGUCGGGAGAGGGCCCGGAGGGAUGUACUGCUGCGCCCACGUGCGGUUGAAGAUCGCUCGCAUCUUGGAGCCCAAGAUUCAAUACCUGUCUGAAGGCAUGCGGAAGAUUCCGCUCGGCUCGCACGUGAAGAUCGAGCCGGUGAAGUCGCAGACGUCCAUCUCCUGCAGACACAUUGACCUGUCCCUCGUUCCUCGCAUGUGGACACAGGAGGAGCAAGAGCCGGAGCCAGAGAAGUUCGAGCCACAUCUUGUCUGCAUCAAGACUGACGUGCGUCCUCCUCUCCCCGAGGGACUUUCAGUGGACGAAGACGCGGUGAUCUGUGGAACGGCAAGAAGGCCGACUCCAGCGACCACGUACUCUAUCGUCGUGAGGAACGAGAAGGGGUUGAGCUCCUCCGAAGUCUCCUUCGAGAUCUUGAGAGCAGAUGGCAAGUCGGCGACGAAGCCAAGGAGCAAGCUCCUUGCCUUCUUCACGACCCCGCAGGGUUAUGAGUCGGUGAAUGUGCAUGGAGAGGCGCAGGAGAUGAUGAGGAAGCACAUGGACCCUGAGUUUGCCUUCGACUGCGACGUCAACCCCCAGCCCACCUUCUCGGACUUCAAGAAGUUCCUGACUUCUCAUCACGGCUUCAACGUCCGCGUCCUCCACUUUGCCGGGCACGGAGAGCAGAACUUCGGCUUUAUCUGGAAUGAAGACCAUCCCAGCAUCGCUACUCCGGCUGUUUACGACAUGGGCGAGCUUUGCAGCCUUGUGGGAAGGGUUGCCGUGGGACAGACGCUGACAGGAACGGUGGAGUGUGUUGUGCUCAAUGCUUGCCAGACGGAAAUGCUGGGGAAGAGAAUGCGAAGUGCGGGAGUGAGAAAUGUCGUUUGCUGGAGGACCAAGGUGAAGGACACGACGGCGAUGGAGUUCACAGACGCGUUUUACGAUUAUUUCAUGGGCAAGGAGCAGAUAGAGGAGGAGGAUUAUCAGCAUGCUUUCCGGCAGGCAAAGGAGAGAAUCCAUCCGACAAAGAAGUCAGACAAUGCAGGCGCGCUGUCAAGAGCAAUACGAAGGAGAUGUGACUCUCGAUCAAGCCUCGACGUCGUUGUUUUCUUGAGUAAGCGAGGAGAUGUUUUACCAGAGCAAAGAGAGUAG